AUGGACGCAUUCACCGAAAAGCUCACACUGAUUACCCGAAAUUUUCCUGCUCCCAUACGGGAAUUAGGCGUCUCUCUCAUUGACGAGAAAUGUUAUGUCAAGCUCAUUGAACAGCUUGACUUUUCUGAUAUCGAAUGCCUCAAGCUUGCUCUAAGCAAAGGACUAGGCAUCGGUAUUGUUAUUGGGGGGUCAAUAGUGAAAGUCCCACAGAUUGCCCUUAUCCUCCGGACCCAAGACUCUGCUGGCCUUUCCAUCUCAUCCUACGUUCUUGAGACGCUAUCUUACCUCAUAACCCUUUUCUACUCCUACCGAAGCUCAUUUCCGUUUUCCACCUACGGAGAGAACCUUUUCCUCGGUGUUCAAAAUACGAUUGUUUCGCUGUUGAUCAUUUUACACGGCGAUGCACCUAAUCCCUCCCGGCGAACUGGAAAUCUUGGUAUCUUGACCGGAUUCUUCGUCGCCAGUAUUUCCGCAUUAUACUCCAUGUCUCUCGAAAAUUUGGGUUACUUGCAGCUUGCCACGCUCCCGCUCUCGUUGUUUUCCAAGAUUCCCCAAAUCACCGCCAACUAUAAAGCCAAAUCGACGGGCCAGCUUUCCGCAUUUGCCGUCCUUUCACAGAUUAUCGGAUGUGCCGUUCGAGUUUACACGACGUCCACAGAAGUUGGCGAUCCCGUCGUUCAAGCUGGCUUUGGCUUGGCUUUGUUCCUUAAUGUCAUUCUUGGGAUUCAAAUGAUGUCGUACUGGGGCAAUAUUCCGCCAGCAACCAAGAAGAAGGUCGCUGUAGAAAAGAAAAAAGUAGCCCCGGCUGAAGUAGAACUUUUAGACGAAACCCUUUCACAGGAUUAUUUCCUGUCCAAUGGGCGUCAGAGACGUUCGAAGCCCAUGCAAAGGGUCGAUCAUGCCGAGGGUUCGAGUAGAAAAUGGGAGAGAAAGGUCGAUUAA